AUGUCCUUGCUAUAUCGCAAUCUGGCUUCUGGACAGCCAGUUGACUCUGAGGAUGUAGGGUACAUCAGAAUGCACAUCUUAUGGUAUCGGUAUCCCUAUCAUUGGGGUACAUCAGAACGCACAUCUUAUGGUAUCGGUAUCCCUCUCAUUGGGACCACUCGAAUGAACAAGAUCUUACGAUACAUAAAGACUGUGUCUUUGAAUCUUUACUGUCACUCAAACAUGCCUCCUCGUCGACGAGGGCAGAAGUCUCAAGUUACCACUGUGCCUACUCAUGCUGCUGUAACUCCUACUGCUGCUGCUCCAAUUGAUGCUACCCCCAUCAUUACCCCCAUCACUGCCGCUAUUGUGCCCAUUGCUGCCACUGUUGCACCCAUUGCUGCCACUGUUGCGCCCAUUGCUGCUGCUGUUGCAUUGAAUGCAGCUAUGCUUCAACACCCCCAAAGUCGCACGCCAGAUGACAGAGAAUACAUUGACAUUGGUGAUGUCUCCGGGGACGAAGAAGAUAACUUGCCUGCACCCAGCGUUAGGGCUCCUCCAGUUCCCAGCCCUCUGCAGACAGUUACAAGUACCAUCUACUCCACCCAAGUCGAUCCCUUGGCUACGGGUGUCCGAGGAACGCAGCCUAAAAGCACUGCUGAUAUCAAUCACUUCUUUAGGGAAGAUUCAGCUACUAAACGCAAGAUUUGCUGA